UUUAAAGUCCCGCUGCGCAGCCGCUUAUGUUGCAGUCAAGCCUCUGGCGUCGCGCUCAAGUGGAGCAACUCAAUUAACCAAAUCUCACAAGCGGAAACACUUCCCCCCCCCUACUAAACACAGAAAUGGAAGACGAAAUUGCCGCUCUCGUUGUUGACAAUGGCUCUGGCAUGUGCAAAGCCGGCUUUGCAGGAGAUGAUGCCCCACGUGCAGUCUUCCCUUCCAUUGUUGGACGUCCCAGACAUCAGGGUGUUAUGGUGGGUAUGGGCCAGAAAGACAGCUACGUGGGUGAUGAGGCACAGAGCAAGAGGGGUAUCCUGACCCUGAAGUAUCCCAUUGAGCACGGUAUUGUCACCAACUGGGACGACAUGGAGAAGAUCUGGCAUCACACCUUCUACAAUGAGUUGAGAGUUGCACCUGAGGAGCACCCAGUCCUGCUUACAGAAGCUCCCCUCAAUCCCAAAGCUAACAGGGAAAAGAUGACCCAGAUCAUGUUUGAGACCUUCAAUACCCCUGCCAUGUAUGUGGCCAUCCAGGCUGUGCUGUCCCUGUAUGCUUCUGGUCGUACCACUGGUAUUGUCAUGGACUCAGGUGAUGGUGUGACUCACACGGUCCCCAUCUAUGAGGGCUAUGCCCUUCCCCAUGCCAUCCUCAGGUUGGACUUGGCUGGCCGGGACCUCACAGACUACCUCAUGAAGAUCCUGACUGAGAGGGGCUACAGUUUCACCACAACAGCUGAGCGUGAGAUUGUGCGUGACAUUAAGGAGAAGCUGUGCUACGUUGCACUGGACUUUGAGCAGGAGAUGAGCACUGCUGCCUCUUCUUCCUCCCUGGAGAAGAGCUAUGAGCUGCCUGAUGGACAGGUUAUCACCAUUGGGAAUGAGAGGUUCCGUUGCCCAGAGGCCCUGUUCCAGCCAUCCUUCCUUGGAAUGGAAUCUUGUGGUAUCCAUGAGACAACGUUCAACAGCAUCAUGAAGUGUGAUGUUGACAUUCGUAAGGAUCUGUAUGCUAACACAGUCCUGUCUGGUGGCACCACAAUGUAUCCGGGUAUUGCUGACCGCAUGCAGAAGGAGAUCACUUCCCUGGCACCCACAACCAUGAAGAUCAAGAUCAUUGCUCCCCCAGAGCGGAAGUACUCUGUCUGGAUUGGUGGCUCCAUCCUGGCCUCUCUGUCCACCUUCCAGCAGAUGUGGAUCAGCAAGCAAGAGUAUGAUGAGUCUGGUCCCAGCAUUGUCCACAGGAAGUGCUUCUAAACGGACUGAUGCCCUCCCUUAACACGCCACUGCAAACGUAAACGACUUUGGUUCAGCACAUUGGGAACACCUUUUGACACUGUGUAUAGCCCCUGGCAGACCCUUCCUACUUUCCUUCAUAACAAUGGCUAUGGUACCAUGCCCCUCAUGGGGAAAACUUUUCACAGGAUGUGAUCUCACCGAGUAGUCCAGGCAGUGUAUGUGUGGGAGGAACAUGUCCGUUGUUGUAGGUCAUUCCAGAUGUCUGUCUGUUCACUACCUUAUUUACCUCUAUGAAGGUUUUAUUCCCUGCUGGGUCUGUUGCCCAACAGAACUGUAGUAUUGCUUAUGUAAAUUAUGUAAUCUGAAACUUGUUUUGUACGUUCAGCCUUAAAUGAUUCUUGGUCUGGUUUUGUUUGUCGUUAUGGUUUUGUUUGUCAUUAUGCAAAAGACAGCUUUUACCUUGUAAGGAGGUACACUGACCAAUACGAAGAACUCAAUAAAGUGCACAUGUCUGAGA